GUCGGGAAGAUGCUGCUGUCCCUGGUGCUCCACACUUACUCGAUGCGCUACCUGCUGCCGGGCGUCGUGCUCCUGGGCACGGCGCCCACCUACGUGCUGGCCUGGGGGGUCUGGCGGCUGCUGUCCGCCUUGCUGCCCUCCCGCUUCUACCAGGCGGUGGAUGACCGGCUCUACUGCAUCUAUCAGAGCAUGGUGCUCUUCUUCUUCGAGAACUACACCGGCGUGCAGUGCUGUGAAGAAACUUUUUCUGUUUCUAUGAGGGGAAUGCUGGAGUUGACCUAUGGAUCAUGUAUGCACUACUUGGGUUCUGUCUUUGCAGUUGACUGGAUUGUUGCUGAUAUUUUGGCCAUCAGGCAGAAUGCUCUUGGACAUGUGCGCUAUGUGCUGAAAGAUGGAUUGAAAUGGCUUCCCUUGUAUGGGUGGUAUUUCUCUCAGCAUGGAGGAAUCUAUGUAAAGCGAAGUGCUAAAUUUAAUGAAAAAGAAAUGAGAAAAAAGCUUCAGAGCUAUGUGAACGCAGGAACUCCGAUGUAUCUUGUGAUUUUUCCAGAGGGAACAAGGUAUAAUCCAGGACAAACAAAUAGCCUUUCAGCUAGUCAGGCAUUUGCUGCUCAACAAGGUCUUACAGUAUUAGAACAUGUGCUGACACCAAGAGUAAAGGCAACUCAUGUGGCUUUUGAUUCUAUGAAGAAUUAUUUAGAUGCAGUUUAUGAUGUUACAGUGGUUUAUGAAGGGAAAGAUGAUAAAGGGCAGCGAAAAGAACCUCCGUCCAUGACUGAAUUUCUCUGCAAAGAAUGUCCAAAAAUUCAUAUUCACAUUGAUCGUAUAGACAAAAAAGACGUCCCAGAAGAACAGCAGUCCAUGAGAAGGUGGCUUCAUGAACGCUUUGAGAUAAAAGAUAAGCUGCUUAUAGAAUUCUAUGAUUCACCUGAUCCAGAAAGAAGAAACAAAUUUCCUGGGAAAAGUGUUAAUUCCAAACUAAGUCUCAAGAAGACUUUACCAUCAGUUUUGGUCUUAAGUGGUUUGACUGCUGGCAUGCUUACGACCGAGGCUGGAAGGAAGCUGUAUGUAAACACGUGGAUUUAUGGAACCUUACUUGGCUGCCUAUGGGUCACUAUUAAACCAUAAAGAGGUAGCUGUCUCCAGUCAGUAGGAUGUGCUACACUGUCUGUUAGUGAUGGCUGCACAUUGACAGCUGCACAUUACAUCAAACUGUUUCCUGAAUUUAAUAAGAAGUGUAAAUAAAGCCUUGUUGAUUGAACAUUGGAUAAAACAGAAUUUGUGACUAAAGCCGCUAUGCAGUUGGUCUUGGGCAAACAUACGUGGUUUUACUUUAGUUCUGGAGCUUCUGGACAGGUCAAAGCUAAUGGAGUGUAGACAGUUCUUUACAUUUCUAAUGAACUAAUGUCAGCUUGAGGAGAUUAUUAUAGGAUUGCAUAAUUUGUUAUUGUUUUGUAAUUCAGAUGGCUGUAUUUUUGAACAUUAAUUUGCAGCAUAUUUCACUGUAUUUGUUAUUUUCAAUUUAUUGCAACUUGACAGCUCCAGUAAAGUAUUUAGCAUCCUGCAGCUAUGCAGUAUUUUGCUUUUUGCUUAAUUUCUGCAAGUCAAUGAAAGAAAUUGUACUUAUAUAUCGAGAUGUUCAAGGAAAAGGGCAAGAAAUGUCCUUGGGGAAGAAGCUCUGUUUUUAGCACAUGUUUUUAUUAUAUUACAUUAUUAGCUGUUUUUACUUACUUUAUAUUUGCAAAAUAAUUAACAUUUCUAAUAUUUAUUGAAAUUGCUUAAUUUUGCACAACCUGUCCUCUACACAAAAGAUUAAUGUAUGAAAUAUGAGAAUGAAAUUUAAGUUAAAAUUGUGACUGAUUCAUUGUAGCAGAACUUUAAACUGCCCAGCUUUUCAAAGAUUUAAGCUAUGCUAUUAGUACUUCCUCAUGUCUGUGCCAUAAGUGCUUGAAAACAUUAAGGUUUCCUGUUACUUUUAAUGUCAGAAUAAUCGUUGUGAAUGUUCGUUGGAUCCCGAAUCCACAGAUAAUUUGAGGUGAUGGGAACCUGCAAACAUUCCGAUGAAAUUUAUUAGCAUGUGCCUUUUCCUGUUUCUCUUUGAUUUAGCAAAAUAUUUGGUACAAAAAUCAUUUUUAUGUUAUCAUGGUGGAUUUCCACUGCAUUCUAGUCCUUUUCCUUUGGAUUCCCAUCAGUGGUGCUGCUCAGUGGCUUACCCAUAGACUUGCAGCGUGAAGAGAUGCAGAACCAUCCAGUGUUGCUGUUUCAAUGUUGAACUCUACGCUCUUGUGAGUGAGCUUCACCGGCUACAGCAGAGGGCACUUUGCAUUGUCUCGUGUCAAAUUCUCCUUUCUCAAGCCAGUGAAAUACAGACUUAAUUCAUCAGGAUGGAGUGAAUUUAUUUCCCAUUAGGUUUAGUGGAGCUACACAGUUAAUAUGUAUUGCCUCAGAACAAGAGCUGUGUUUCAGGAACUGAAUCACACUAUUUUCAGUCAUGGAACAAUACAUCCCAUGGAAGAAAACCGUUUUUAAGUGUGAUCCUCUCUCUUUUUAUGUUAUCAUGUAAACUUGAUUGCCCACUAGUCCUCUAAGAUAACAUUUCUGCUUACUGCUAAUGGAUUUUUGUUGCAAAAUUAUAUCAGUGGCCCAGAUGAAACAAACAAAUUGAAUCAAGAUAAACGAAAUGAAAAAAUAAUUAAGGGAAAUUUCUCUAUGUCACACUGCUUCUCUAAAACUGGAGAACAAACCAUUUCAAGCAAUGCCUUUGAAAAGUCAUGUGGUAUGAAUUGGUUUGUAUAUGAAUAUGUAUAUGUUUGUACACACGCAUAUACACACAUUCCCAUGGGGUAGAGUGGCCUAAUUAUGAAUGGGGGCAUAAGUAAAACUUGUGAAAAGAGUUCUUAUGCCAAAAUGAAAUUUUCUCUUACCUGUAAAGUGAAAUUUACAUCAAUCCUGUGUCUUUGUUAUUUUUUUUUAACUAUCCUAAAUUUAGAACUUAUUUUUAACUAGAUCAGAAUAAAUGUAAGUUGUGGAACUUACUUUGAAUAUCAUAGAUAUAUUUAAAUUUAAAUUUUGAAAGGCAAUAUCAUUGGAAUUAUGUGGAUUACAACACAUUUUAACAAGGUUAAGUGACCUGCAUAAGAUCACUUGAUUGUUGUAUUUCUUAGGACUAUAUGUACAUUCUUCUCAUAAAAGGUCUAUAAAAUUGAAAAGUUGAAAAAAUUUCAUAUCAAAAUGUUUGGAAAAUUAGAAGCUUCUCCUUAACAUGUAUUGAUUUUUGACACGAAUUAUUAUUUUCUAAAAUUAAGAGCCUACCUGUAGUUCUUUUCACAUAAUAUCAUUUAAGCUUCUGUUUGUAUUAAUAUUGUUGAUUUACAGUUAAGUUAUUACUUAGUUUUUCUUUAUAAGAAUGCCAUUAAUGUGCAUGCUUUUAUGUUUUUCAGAAAAAGGUGUGUUUGGAUGAAAGUAAAAAAAAAUAAAAUCUUCCUCUGUCUCUGUUUGUGUUGUUUAAUAUUGCAACCCAGAAAUUCAUCAACAGUCUCCUAUUACAUAAAAUAGGCUUAAUGACUGGCCCUGCAUUCUGAAUUUAUAAAACUAUAAUAUUUUUUUAUUAAGUAUUGAGCAAAGUUUUUAAAAAAUAUAUUUAAGUACUUAAAAUUUUGAAGCUGUCUAUUAGUUUGGUUAUGUAAACUCAUCUGUAAUUUAUAAGAUAUAUGGCAGAUAUUAGUUGCUCGGCAAUUCUGUAAUCAUUAGCCUGAUCUAAGUGAAACUUGUCAAAUGCCUGAGUUAGCCAGGUUGGUGAAUAAAGGUGCCAGUCCUAAUCUGGCUGAUUCUUACAUCAUAUUUACUAAUAGUUUCUUUCAUAUGUUUCAUUUCCAUGUGUUUUUUUUUUUACUUAGAGUAGUACCAAUUUUUCUUUGUACAGAUUACAUAAGCUUUGUUUUUUCCUUUGUAAUAUGUGGUUUAUUAUUACAUUCUUUGUAUAUAGGUCUGUGUCAAUCAAGUGAUCUCACUAGGCCAACCACUAAAAAGAAAUAUAAUUUGCCAUCAAGUAUAGGCAAAAGUAACUCUCAUAUAUAUACCAUACCAAUAUUUGAGAAGACAGAAAUGAGUAUCAAAGUAGUAUUUCAUGUGUACAAUUGCAAGUAUAUAGCAAAAAUAAAUUUAAACCUUAAUAAUGUUUGUUUUUGAAGUAUUUACACUGAAGAUGAGUAAAAGGUUUUCUUGGCAGAUAUUCAAGAUACCACCUUGUACUAAGUUACAUACCUUUCUUUGUAAUAAGCAGAAUUUUUUUCUCCCUUUUGGACCAAUUUUUAUUAUGAGUAACACAUACUUUUAGAUUAAAGAUUGGCUAACUUGAAAUAUGCUACCAUUUAGUAUAAUUGGGCGUUACAUAAAAAAUAUGUAACACCCAAGCAUUAGAAUGAAAAUCAUUACUUUGGUUAAACUAAUAUUUGGAAUGUUCAUAUAUUGUAUAGCUAAAAUAUUCAUGUAACUGAAUUUAAAAUUUUUUAUUCAAAUAUAAUGGGAUGCUUAUAUGUACAGUUACUAGUUUAUUUCAGUUUAGAAUAGUUAUGACUCAGACAUUGUCCUCAAGAUUUCAUUUGAUGUCUUUUUCAAUUUGUGUGGUAAAGUAAAUCUAUUACUUUUAGCAGUUGGGGGGGUCACUCAUACAUGAGGUCAUAAUACACGAGGUCAAAGAGAUAUAUACCUGGUUAUUACCUGGUUAUUAUAUAAUAUAUAUGUAAUGCAAUGUGUAAUAAUAGCUGGCUAUUGUCCUGAGCAGAAAAGUAGUUAUUUUUAAGAAAGCCACUUCAAAUAGAAAGCCCAAGUGCCUCUCAUGUACUGAAGGGAAUCUGACAUACGGAGCAAACUCUGAAUAAGUGUUUAUUGAUGGUGAUGAGACAGGUCAGGUUUUCCUGAAUUAUUAAUGGUUCAUAAUUUUAUAUGCUACUACUAUUCUCUGUGUCUAGCAAGAGAGAAUACUUGACUAACUUAUCUCCCUAUGGUAUUUUCAGAAUAAAUUCUGACUUACAUUAUUGGGUUUAAUGAUGCUUCAUUAAUUCAGUAAAAAGAAAAUAAUGAAUCUUAAAAGUAGGUAUUUGUUGAUAAAAUAUCUACUUGGUAAUAAAAAGUUAUUUCAUAUAUAUGUGAUAAAGUGUAUGUAUGUUUUGUAUAUGUAUGUAUUAUAUAUGUUUAUGUUUUAUUGCCAAAUCCAGCUAUGAAAUACUACAUGUUAUUUUGAAGGUUCCUUUUGUUUUGGUGCCAGCCCAGCUCUGUUGAGUGUUACUCAUGUCAGGCAGUGUGCUAAGCCUCCUGCAGGCAUCGUCUCAUCUAACUGUCCUGAUAAGCCCUGUGCCACAGUGUAGCUUGGCUCCUGCGAAUGUCUGCAGACAGACUGCCAGGUUUGGAUCUGGUUCUGCCAUUAGCUAGCAAUUUGAUCUUGGGCAAGUUAUUUAAAUUUUCUGUGCCCUAAGUUUCUCAUGUGUAAAAUACAAUAAUAAUCAUGUUAACCUCAAAGGGUUGUUGAGGCCAGAUGAGUUUAAUAUAUGUAAAACACUGUAUGUAGUACAUGGAACAUGGAAGCUAAAUAAAUUUCAUUCACUCCUCCCAGUUUUAUAGAUGAGGAAAUUGAGGCUCGGAGAGUUUGAAUAAAAUUUAAAGUCAUACAACUAAUACUUCUGGAAGAAAAA